AUGCUGGCAACAGUCCUGAGGGUAGCUGAUGAGACAAACUGUCGUCAUUCACCUCAUCCCAGCUCUAUCGAGAGUCCGUCGGAAGAUAAAGAAUUGGCUUCCUACGCUUGGUGGACCUGCGUGCCCAUUGGGUGUAGUGGAGAGGAGAUUGGACGAUCUGGCAGCGAAGAAGAUUGUGGCUUAUCCCCCGGACGGCUGAACGACGAAACAGAGUGUGUUUGUGUGUCUGCAUAUGUGCGCGCCAGGUCGUGCCUCAGCUGCCCUGCUAGUACAUGUGUGUAUGGCGAGUGGGCCACAUUGACAUCAGGCGUAUAUGCACUUCAACAUAAGAGAGAAGAGGAUUCGCAAAAUCUUUCGUCAAGGGAUGGUUUCGCUCUCGCUCCGGGCCAUUGGUACUUUUGCUCAGACGCCUUAACCUUCGUCCAGGACAGACGCAAAGUUGCCCAUCCUAGCCAACCAUGUGUUGUGAGUUCGGUAGAUCAUAGGGGAGAGCUCGGGGGGAAAGAGCGUGCCCAGUCGCAGCACCGACGAAUCGUGGAUAUUUCGGAGGCUACCGUCUACCACCUGUCCCCCAUGGCUUGA